UCUCGCAGCACUCGGACAGAAAGCUUCAGCCAUGAUCCUGACUGCUCCUAGUUUGUGUCUCCCAUCCACAGCCACCGUCCAGGAGCUCUUCUCAGUGGCUCGAGAUGCUGACAUCAUCCCAGACAUCUCUUUGGAUCCGGUCCUGACGACUUUCCUGUCGCUGGACUCCUCUGCUGCUCUGCAGCACCAGUACGGCUUCCUGCAGAAGAGCCUGAGCAGCGAACAACAGGCGGCCUUCAAUCUGAACCUCACUGCAGAGGUGGGCUGCUGCAGGGUCACAUAUGGAGGCGUAGGGGUCGUCGCUCUAGCUUUGUCCCUGCUUUUUGACCAGGUCGCACAACAUGUCAGAGCACAAGGUUCAGCAGAAGGCUUCCCUCCCCCUAAGGCAUCAAGAGGGGAGAGGAUUUUAGGAAUCAGCACAUCAUCAAGAAUUGGCUCGAUUAUCCAUAGCUACCUCAGCCUUGUACCCAGCAUUGCCAACGAUGAGGAGAAAAUGGCUGAGAUCACUGAGCUCUGCGACAACCUGCUUAACCUGGAGCUGAUUGACCAUUACGACAGGAUGAACAAUAAGAAGAGAAUGAGCACAGAGUCCAUGCAGCAGUGGUUGGCAGGGGCUGCUUUUCAUCUGCACCUCAGGAUCCACCAGGUUCGUCUUCACUCUGUGCCGUCUGGAUCCAUCGAGUCUCUGCGUCUGUCUUAUAAGACCGGGUUUAAUCGCCUCCUUCAAGGCUAUGUAGCAUAUUUACGUAAAAACAUCAUGGUGACUGAAGCUGCAAGGCCCCUGAAACCAGCAAGCAGGGUUGAAACUACCAACACUUCCAGCACCAGUGCUGCACUGGGUAACCCAGACGAUAACACUAACAAGGCCUCCUCAGGAGUUAACAGAAGCUGUGAAGACUUUCAACUGAGUGAGCUGAGAGGAAGAAAUGUCACUGUCCUGAAUACUUCAGCACCUCAGUGUUUCAGGGAGGAGACAGACAGCAAGCUUGGUCUAUUAGUCAUCGAGCCUCAAAGAAAUGUAAGUCACAACGUUCAGCAUCAAGCCUGUGAGUCUCCAUCCAUCCAACAAGCUUUGUUGACUCGUAUUAUGAAGUCCCAGGACCUGCAGCGGAACAGGAUUUUUUUCCUCUAUCCUGAUAAAGUCCUACAAAACCUGCUGAGGCAGAGGGACGACUUUGAGCUGAAAGAAAAAAAUACAACUAAAUCAUUCACUUUAUAG